CUCAACCAAGCGUCCCACCAAAAAGAAAAAAAAUAGUGGGGGCCUGCAUAGAGCUCGACCAAACAUGGAUAAUUUUAGACAGCCACUAAUAUUGACUAGAUGAGUAAGCAAUCAACUCAUUAACUAUUGUAGGACUCAACAGUACCACUAGUAAAAUAGAUAUUAGAUAUUUAAAUAGGGUUAAGAAAAAUGUUUAGAAGAGUAUUGUCCAACACAGGUAGAUUAGGAUUUGCUCCAGUGAUUAGUAAGUCACAUUUCAUUAAUGUUAGAUAUAUGUCUAGUGAAAUUAAGAAUGCUAUAGAUCAAGCAGUUGCAGCAACCCCAGUUGUAUUAUUUAUGAAGGGUACUCCAGAAUUUCCUCAAUGUGGAUUCUCACGUGCCACCAUUCAAACUUUAGGUCAACAAGGAGUUGAUCCAGCUAAAUUUGCUGCUUAUAAUGUAUUGGAGGAUCCAGAAUUAAGAGAUGGAAUUAAAGAAUAUAGUCAAUGGCCAACAAUUCCUCAAUUAUAUGUUAAUAAAGAAUUUAUUGGAGGUUGUGAUAUUAUUACCAAUAUGGCAAAAAGUGGAGAAUUGGCUGAAUUAUUAGAAGCUAAUGAUGUAUUAAUUCCACUUGAAGAAGAAGAAGUUCAAGAACCUGAAUCAGCUAAUGUUAAACCUAGCGAAAGAUCUUAGAAUUUUUGUAAUUGGUUUUUACAUGUAUAUAGUAGAAUGACUAAUAAACAAUUAUAUUAAUGACAAUAAUAAUAAUAAUUAUAAUAAUUAUAAUAAUAAUAAUAAUACUAGUAUUUGCCAAAAAGAAAACUAACCUAAACUAAAUAAACCAAAAGAUUAAUUAAAACUAAAACUAAA